ACCAAGAUUGUGAGGGACUGGAAACUUUCAGGGGAACAUUUUAAAGAGGGCUGUCCAACAGACAAAGAAAAGGGGGGCAGAGAGAUGAUGGGGAAGGGGAAUCAGGCAGGUGUUUUAAACCAUUUUAAGGACUACAGAAAAGAAUUACACUUAAUUUAUUUAGCUGCAGACAGCAGGCCGCUGUAGGUAGAAGGAAGUUAAACUCACUGUCAAGAACUUCGUAAUAAUUAAAGCCAUCAGAAAACCUGCUGCGAUGGACAGGCUGUGUGCGCCAUGAAGUCCGGCGUUCACCUAAGGCAGAAGGUCACCUGGCGGAAUUCCAGGGUCACCUGGUCACCGGUCAGCAGGGGUGUCUUGGGUUGAUGACUGGGAAUACACCGCACAGGAAGAAAGAUUCUCUUCCUGAGAAAUUACACGGGGAAAUGGGUGUGCCCCGACAGCCUGUCGUCCUUAAGGCGACAGGGGGAGGGGUUCCUGUUGUUGGCAGCGCUCCUCUUGGUAUACGAAGGCCCCUGUCCCAGGGCUUCUGUGCCUGGGAGGCGUGGGGAGCGCUUACCCGGCUGCUCUCCUCCUCCCCUCCGGCCUCCCAGGCUCGCCCCGCGCCCGGCUCCCGCGCGCUCCGGCCGCCGCUGCCCUGCCCCGGGUUCUCUGGGCGCAUUCGGCGCUGGGGGCGCGCGCGGCGUUGGGGGCGCACGGGGCGCUGGGGCGGCGGCCGGGAGGAAGUGCCGGGCUUGCCUGGGCGCGUUAAGGAAGUUGCCCAAAAUGAGGAAGCGCCGUGCGCUGGGCGGCUGAGGCGACUACGGCGGCGGGAGGAGCGAGGAGGAGCCGGCGGCGGCUCUGCUCCUCGACGGCCCCGCGCCCGGCUCCCCGCUCUUCGACCCCAAGCCACCCCGCCCUCGCCUUACCUGCGCAGGUAGGUGUGGCGCGCGCUCUUUCCGCUCGGCCCACAGGGACGCGGAGCCCCGGGCGCCUUGGGGCUGGGGAAGCGGCAAGCGGAGAAGCGGGCUUUCUAGGUGUCCAGGCUCUGCGGGGCCGGGACGCUUGGGGCCGUCGGCCUUUGAAAAAGGAGGGGACAUUGAUGAGAUCCUUCGAAUAGAGGCAGGAAUGUUUGGUCCGAGUCCAGGACUUUCAUCAGAUGGCUGGCCUGGGUGCCCUUGAUUCCUGGAGCGAGUGCGGUGCAAUUUUAAAUGGUAUUCCAGGGGAGCUUUCCUUGCUCAAGUGGACACCGUGCGCCCUUGGCCUUGAGGGGAAACAAGCAUGGCCGCAGGCAUGGCCGACAGCGCCAACCACCUGCCCUUCUUCUUUGGCAACAUCACCCGGGAGGAGGCCGAGGACUACCUGGUCCAGGGCGGCAUGAGCGACGGGCUCUACCUGCUGCGCCAAAGCCGCAAUUACCUGGGCGGCUUCGCCCUGUCGGUGGCAUAUGCGCGCAAGGCGCACCACUACACCAUCGAGCGGGAGCUGAACGGCACCUACGCCAUCGCGGGCGGCAGGACGCACGCCGGCCCUGCCGAGCUCUGCCAGUACCACUCCCAGGAGUCGGAUGGCCUCAUCUGCCUCCUCAAGAAGCCCCUCAACCGGCCGCCUGGGAUGCAGCCCAAGACCGGACCCUUCGAAGACCUGAAGGAGAACCUCAUCCGGGAGUAUGUGAAGCAGACCUGGAACCUGCAGGGUCAAGCUCUGGAACAGGCCAUUAUCAGCCAGAAGCCUCAGUUGGAGAAGCUGAUCGCCACCACAGCCCAUGAGAAAAUGCCCUGGUUCCACGGAAAAAUCUCUCGGGUGGAAUCUGAGCAAAUUGUCCUGAUAGGCUCAAAGACAAAUGGAAAGUUUUUGAUCAGGGCCAGGGACAACAAUGGGUCCUACGCCCUGUGCCUGCUGCACGAGGGCAAGGUGCUGCACUACCGCAUCGACAAGGACAAGACAGGCAAGCUUUCCAUCCCCGAUGGCAAGAAGUUCGACACGCUCUGGCAGCUAGUCGAGCAUUAUUCUUAUAAACCAGAUGGUUUGUUAAGAGUUCUUACAGUUCCAUGUCAAAAAAUUGGCGAUCAAACUGGAAGUAUUAAUUUUGGAGCUCGUCCACAACUUCCAGGGGCCCAUCCUCCGACUUGGUCAGCAGGUGGAAUAAUCUCCAGAAUCAAAUCAUACUCCUUCCCAAAGCCUGGCGGCAAAAAGCCCUUAUCUCAGCCCGGGCACUCGCCAGGGAACUCUCUGUCAUUCAAUCCCUACGAGCCAGACGGAGGGCACUGGAACGCGGAAAGAGACACCCAGAGAGAAGCGUUACCCAUGGACACUGAAGUGUACGAAAGUCCCUAUGCAGACCCUGAGGAGAUCAGGCCCAAGGAGGUCUACCUAGACCGGAAGCUGCUGACUCUGGAGGACAAGGAACUAGGCUCUGGUAACUUUGGGACUGUGAAGAAGGGCCAGUACCAGAUGAAAAAAGUUGUGAAAACAGUGGCUGUGAAAAUCUUGAAAAAUGAGGCCAAUGACCCGGCUCUUAAAAAUGAGCUAUUAGCAGAAGCAAAUGUCAUGCAGCAACUCGACAACCCUUACAUCGUUCGCAUGAUUGGGAUUUGUGAAGCCGAGUCCUGGAUGCUGGUUAUGGAGAUGGCGGAACUUGGUCCACUCAAUAAAUAUUUACAGCAAAACAGGCAUGUGAAAGAUAAGAACAUCAUAGAACUGGUUCAUCAAGUUUCUAUGGGAAUGAAAUAUUUGGAGGAGUGCAAUUUUGUGCAUAGAGAUCUAGCUGCAAGAAAUGUAUUGCUGGUUACUCAACAUUAUGCCAAGAUCAGUGAUUUUGGGCUUUCCAAGGCACUUGGUGCUGAUGAAAACUACUACAAGGCCCAAACCCACGGGAAGUGGCCGGUGAAAUGGUACGCUCCAGAGUGCAUCAACUACUACAAGUUCUCCAGCAAGAGUGAUGUCUGGAGCUUCGGAGUGUUGAUGUGGGAAGCGUUCUCCUAUGGGCAGAAGCCAUAUAGGGGAAUGAAAGGAAGUGAAGUUUCCGCGAUGCUGGAGAAAGGAGAGAGGAUGGGCUGCCCUCAGGGGUGUCCAAGAGAGAUGUAUGAGCUCAUGAACCUGUGCUGGACAUAUGACGUGGAGAGCAGGCCCGGGUUCGUCGCGGUGGAAAUGCGACUGCGUAAUUACUACUAUGACGUGGUGAACUAAGGCCCUUGCGCCUGUCCCUGACCGUCUCUUAGCGGAUGAACCGUCACAGGCAAACAUGUCCCAACACGUUGAUUUUGAGUCUCCAUCUCCCGCUGCCCAUCGGGAGAGCCAGCCACAGGUGGACAUGCGUGAGUGGUUUCCCAAAGCCUGUUCUGGAACAAACCCUCCACAAAGCAAACUCGCCCCAGAAGAACUGUGGGCGAAAGAUGGACAACAGGGUCAAAGAGCCCGUGGAUUCCUUUGUGUUUCUUGUCUGUGUGGUUUGCAUACCAGGUUAUUUUCAGGGUGUGUUUUCAGAAUUCCUCGUUAUGUUUCCAGUUCUCUGGCUCCUGGGCUGCAUGCAAAGCCCUAGCAGCCUGGAGACAUCGCCUUGUGGUAUUGGGCGCUUCCCCGUGUUGCGUUGUCAGCAUCCAGAGGGCGCAGUGACACCGGUUAGGCCUGUAGUGGAGGGCAGGAUGGGAGAGGAGGAAGGGCUUCGGCUCCGACAGGCCAAAAGAUGGCCUGCCCCUGAAAAGCUUUCCCAAUGAACAAAGUGCUUUGAGGCUUUAAAAAGAUAAAUAAAUAAAUAAAUAAUCCAGCGCGGCCAGUGUAGUUUCUAAGU